AUGUCUACUGGUAUCAUCACACACUGGAUCUAUCGACAUCGAAGAGUGUUCUGGGUAUUAGUCGUGGCUGCAAUCGUGAUACUACAAGUCAUUGUACUCGGAGGGAAUCAUGAUGACUGGGAUACAGCAUCUGCCUCGUUGCUGUACGGCGAGAUGCAUCCCACAAUUGCGACUCAAAACUUCACCCCGCCGUUCCACACACAGGGUCGACACAUCAAGGACGUCCAGGACAGGAUCAUCAAACUAGCCAGUAUCAACUGGUAUGGUGCCAGUGACAUCGAUUUUGUACCAGGUGGACUAGAAGUGCGGCAUCGCGAUGAGGUCGCCCAGUUGAUCCGUGCACUAGGGUUCAACAGUGUGCGAUUGCCGUACGCCGAUGAGCUGGUCCAUCGCAACCCACUUGUCAACCAAAGCAAGAUCGCUGCGAACCCAGAUCUCAUCAUCGAUGGAUUCUCACCUUCUGCACUCGAUGUGUAUCACGCCGUCGUGGAGAGUCUCACCUCGGCUGGGCUACUGGUCAUCGUCAACAACCACAUCACAACGGCGACAUGGUGCUGUGGCAUCAACCCCUGUGAUCUUGACUGGAGCAAUUCAUGGUUCGGUGGAGAACUGCUCUGUCCUGUUCCACAAACAGAGGAGCGAUGGAUUCGGAACUGGGAAACGAUAAUGCGACCGCUCGUAUCGAAUGAACUCGUUAUCGGGGCUGAUCUACGCAACGAAGUGCGCGGUCUCUGGGGUACUAUGCACUGGGACGAUUGGGCGACAGCAGCUGAGCGAGCCUCGGAACGAUUACUCACAUUGAACCCGAACUGGCUUAUGAUAGUCGAAGGGAUCUCAUCAGCAAACGAUCUCUCGGGGGUACGUUCACGCCCAGUCCAACUGAGUGUGCCAGACCGAGUAGUAUACUCAUCACAUGUAUAUAAAUGGUCUGGAUGGGGCAGUUUAGCACCAUUCUCAGGACGAACAUAUGAAGGGUUUGCAGAUGAAAUGAGGAAGAACUGGGCGUACUUGAUAGAAGAGGAUAUCGCGCCAGUAUGGGUGGGGGAGAUCGGCACGAGCGAGUCACCAAGCGAGGGAGAUAAGAAUUACUGGCGUCAUUUGAUGCGCGCUUUGGGCACAGUGGAUGCCAGUUGGGGAUACUGGGCGCUCAAUGCGCGUAAGGCAUGGGGAGAAUGGGAGAGCUAUGGGUUGGUGGGGGAUGAAUGGGAUUGGGAGACGGUCAGAUGGGAUUAUCGAUUGGAAGAUUUACGAGUUCUUGGCUUGAACUUGGGCUUGAACUUGAGCUUGAACCCGAACUUGAAGCAUGGGACAUGA